CACGGUUACAACAAACAAACCACCUUUCAAAAGACGGUGAUGUAACUAAAGUCAAAGUCAGAUCUAUGUUUCAUGAAACCCUAAACACAAUUCAUCUAUACAAAACUAACUUAUAAGACGAAAAAUUUAUCUGACCAAUCUAUGAUCAGAUGAUCAGUCUUAUCUCAUCUAUAUAAAACCGACUUUAUAACUCAUAUAUUGUCCGAGAUGAGUCCUACCUGACAAGCCCGGUUCAAGCCCCAGCCCGGUUCAAGCCCAAGCCCGGUUCAAAUUCUCAUCUACUUCAUUCAUUGCGCCCAUAUCCAUCCAUUUACUCUGCCAGCUAACACUCUUCUACUUUCUCUGCUUCUCUUCCCUCUUUCAAACUAAUUCCAUUUUACAAAUUUCCAUAAUCAAAACAUGGUAAAAAAACAUUUGUUUUCCUCCUACGUUGUUGUUGUUUUGUCUAUCUCAAUCCUCUUCAUGUCAAAACCAUGUUUCUGUGGUAUUCAAUACAUCGGCAAAAUCUUACCUGGUACACAAGGUUCACAGAUGAAUUGGAUUGACAGAGAGGGUAAAUUCCUCCUCUCAAAAAACCUAAAUUUCGCUUUUGGUUUCAUGACCACCGUCAACGACUCCACCAAGUUUCUACUAGUAAUCCUCCACGUAUCAAGCUCCACCGUGAUUUGGACUGCAAAUAGAGCAAAACCUGUUUCCAAUUCUGAUAACUUCGUCUUUGAUCAAAAAGGAAAUGCUUUUUUAUCAAAAGAUGGUGUUUUGAUUUGGUCUACAAACACAAUUAACAAAGGGGUUUCUUCAAUGGUGUUGCAGGAUAAUGGAAACUUGGUUUUGCUUGGGGGUGAUAAUAACAGUACGGUGAUUUGGCAGAGUUUUGAUUUUCCGACUGAUACUUUGUUGCCUCAACAGGUUUUCAAAAAGGGGAUGAAGCUUACUAGUGAGCCUGGUUCGAAUAGUUUGGUUUAUGCUCUUGAGAUUGAAUCUGGGAAUGUUGUUCUUUCUGCUGGGUUUAGAGUACCACAGGUUUAUUGGACUAUGCAGAAGGAUAACCGGAAGACGGUUGAUAAGGAUGGUGAUGUCGUGGUUUCGGCGAAUCUUAGUGAUAACUCUUGGAGAUUUUAUGAUGAGAAGAAGUCUUUGUUGUGGCAGUUCAUAUUCUCGGCUGAUGCGGGUGAUAAUGCGACAUGGAUUGCUGUUUUGGGAUGGGAUGGUGUUAUUAGUUUCAAGAAUCUCAACAGUGGUGGAUCGGACGGUGAUUCUUCGACAAGGAUACCGCAGGAUCCUUGUGGUACACCGGAGCCUUGUGAUCCUUACAGUGUAUGCACGGCUAAUCGCAGUAGCAGGUGUAGCUGUCUUUCUGUUGUUCCUAGUUGUAAACCUGGUUUUGUUUCUCCUUGUGAUGAUGGUAAACCAGAAAAAUCUGUUGAACUUUUGAAAGGUGAUGAUGGGAUUAGUUACUUUGCUCUUGAUUAUCUGCAGCCAUUUUCGAAAACUGAUUUGGCUGGGUGUCAAACUUCGUGUCGUGGUAAUUGCUCUUGUCUUGCAAUGUUCUUUCAUAAGAGUUCAGGAAACUGUUUCCUUCUGGAGAGUGUAGGAAGUUUUCAGAAAUCUGGUAAUGGUGAUUCUGGUUAUGUUUCUUACAUUAAGGUAUCGAGUGAUGGAGGCGAAAAAGGAAGUGGAGUUAGACCUACACACAUCGUUGUCAUUGUUGUUAUUGUUGUAUUAACUUUGUUUGUGAUUUCUGUUCUGAUCUUUGUUGGGGUAAGAUACUACAGGAAAAAGAAAAUGUUACCUGAAUCUCCAAGGGAGAAUUCAGAAGAGGACAAUUUCUUGGAGAAUUUAACCGGUAUGCCAAUACGUUACCGAUACAAAGAUCUUGAAGUUGCAACUAAUAACUUCUCAGUGAAGCUUGGUCAAGGAGGUUUUGGCUCAGUUUAUAAAGGAGUUCUACCUGAUGGAACUCAAUUAGCCGUGAAGCAACUGGAAGGUAUUGGUCAAGGGAAGAAAGAGUUCAGAGCCGAAGUUAGCAUCAUUGGAAGCAUUCAUCAUCUUAAUUUGGUAAGGCUUAAAGGCUUUUGCGCAGACGGAACUCAUAGGCUUUUAGUUUACGAGUAUAUGGCAAAUAACUCGUUGGAUAAAUGGAUAUUCAAGAAGAAAAAAGGCGAAUUUCUUUUGGAUUGGGAUACAAGGUAUAACAUAGCAGUGGGAACAGCGAAAGGGCUAGCGUAUCUGCACGAAGAUUGUGACUCAAAGAUUGUUCAUUGUGACAUCAAGCCAGAAAACGUACUUCUCGACGAUCAUUUCAUGGCUAAAGUUUCCGAUUUCGGUUUAGCCAAGCUGAUGAACCGAGAACAAAGCCAUGUCUUCACAACGCUAAGAGGAACACGCGGCUACCUCGCACCAGAGUGGAUAACAAACUACGCUAUAUCAGAGAAAAGCGACGUAUACAGCUACGGAAUGGUGUUGCUAGAGAUUAUCGGCGGAAGGAAGAACUACGAUACUAACGAGACUUCGGAGAAAAACUAUUUCCCGAGUUUCGCUUUCAAGAUGAUGGAGGAAGGUAAAAUGCGAGAUAUACUCGAUUCUGAGCUGCAAAUUGAUGAGCAUGAUGAUAGGGUGCAUUGUGCUAUAAGGGUUGCAUUGUGGUGUAUACAAGAAGACAUGUCAAUGAGACCAUCAAUGACAAAGGUUGUUCAAAUGUUGGAAGGUCUUUGUACUGUUCCUAAACCACCAACUAGUUCUUAUUUGGGUUCUAGACUUUAUGCAACUGUGUUUAAAUCAUCUAGUGAAGGAGGAAAUUCUUCUGGUCCAUCAGAUUGUAAUAGUGAUGCUUAUCUAUCUGCAGUUCGUCUUUCUGGCCCCAGAUAACAGUAACUAUAAUUCUGUAUUUUCCUUUCUUUUUUUUGGUGUUAUAAUGUAAUAUAUUGAGAAAAUUGAUAUGUAAAUCCUGAGCUAUUCAGUCUUGGUUACUCUUGUAUAGGCUUGUAUGUUUGUAUGAUGUAAAUUUUGUUUUUUAAUUUCCUCAAAUUUUGUAGUAUUAGCCUAUAUUCUAUAACAUUAAAUUAAAUUUUAAUGCCACUAGAUUUAUGGCGUUCAUCAUAUCAACCACUUGUGUUUGA